AUGUCAGCUGUGGGACACACGUACCAGCAAAAUUGCAGGCUGGCUCCGAUAACCUAUGAAUCGUCAGACAACGCCUCCGAUGAUACACCUCGGGUCAACGCGCAGUAUUUCUAUACGUCGUUGAUACCGAUCGACGACCCCCUCUCCCCUGGCACUCUUGCCUAUGCUUCCGACGCGAAGUCUGCCAAAAGUCGAUUGCGACCGUUCUCCCAAGGCGAUAACAUUGCACUCGAAAAGGCAUGGCUAUCCCUAGCUUCCGAUCAAGAUGAUGCAGCGCACCGCAAGGCAAGGAAUAGCACUUCCCUAGGUCCUGUCCUCGAGAAGGCGAACGACAGAAAAUUAGCAUCACUCGUCCAGCGUUUGGCGCGCAAGCAUCAUAAAAAACAUGUCGGCAGUGAUACGAGCCAGUCAAUAUUGGCAGCACAGCCAGUGGCCGAGUCCACAGCUGCAGCCUCUCUCUGCUGUUCGGAGCUGUACCUCGACGUGUCCACCGAUCUCCAAAAUACCUUCUGCGCUCUUGUCAGACUGCGUCAAUCGUCCCUGAUUGCGGACAAGGUGAUUCAAAAGGUUAUGCUGGAACUGAAACGCAUGUUGUUAGACCUAGAGGCCGGCGACGGCAGCACAGACAAACAGCAGCCGACAUCAUCAGCAUCUCGGAAACGAGCCGACUCGACACGAUCUGCCCGCUUGUCGCCCAGCAACCCCCCAGUUGGCGAGGAACUCACAAAGGGCGGUUUUCUGCGUUUCAAAACAAGCUUACGUGCAGAUCAGGAAAAUCAACGCCUCCAACCGCUCGCCGAUGCUGUUGUUUCCCGAGCUGCCAUGGACGAUGGCAUAUCCGGAACACCAUUUGCUCGUGUCGAGAGCUAUGGGUCUACGCCUGAGUCUAUGGCCAGUGUGUUUGGGGGACGAGAAGAUCAGAAUGAAGGCGCCGUUACCAGAGAUGCUCCAGUUUCUGGCCCAGAGCGCGGCGCCAAGAAAACUCGUGAAAAAUUGGAGGAUCUUCAUACUCUGGACAUUGACGAUGCUGAUCCGCAAGUCAGUAGAUGCGCGUUGGAGGUACCCGUCGGUAUCUCGCGUUUACACAAAGUAUCCCUGCCAUCUCUUCAAAUGAAACCAAUCUACUGGUCCCCCGUCAAUGACAUUGCUAUUGUUCUUCGGGGAACGUGGUUUUACAGAGACACAAUGAAUCCUAUGCCUCCUACAGUGGCCAAUCAAGUAGAGGCUGGCUACAGAGAGCUGAGGCCGUAUACAGAGACGUGGAGCGACGAGCUUCGCUGUGCCAUCGAUGUUGGGCCGCUUGGCGAAGAAAAAGUGUCGCACCCGUUGUGGCCUAAUGACAGGCAACGUUCCGACAAUGAUCUCGCCGGAGACGAGCCUGUCAUAUCGACGGACCCCUUUUGCUCUGCUCAUUGUUUCAGAGGAGAGGCGGCAGCGCAAGGGUCUAUCGCCCCCGAACCAAGCGUAAAAAAUUCUGAGCAACCGUCGAAAAGCUUUGCGAGCUAUCAUGUCAUUUAUAAGGAUGCCUCGAACGCAUUUCUUCUCAAGCCAAGUCUCAAACCCUCAGCUUAUUAUGGGAGAAGGCCUGUUGCCAAGAUCAUGAGAGGGACAACCAUCGGCAUUCCCGUAGUGCGUGGCUUUGACCAGGAUGCGUGGGACAGGAUCCAGAAUAAGAAGCACGCAGAGAUCAGCGCUGGUACUGACGCUGCCCCCUCCUCUUCCACGGGCACAAGGAUCGAGAUUUGUCCUGCCUGCAAAGUACAGGCAGACCGUGGUCAGGUCACGGACUUGAUACUUGUCUGCCACGGCAUCGGACAGAAGUUCGCUGAACGAGUCGAGAGCUUUCACUUCACACACGCCAUCAAUGCUUUCCGCAAAGAGGUCAACAUGGAACUGAACAACCCAGCUCUGAAUGGCAGCCUUCGAGAAGCCCAAAAUGGUAUCAUGGUUCUUCCCGUCAACUGGCGCCACACUCUGACAUUAGAAAAUGGGGGGCCUGCGCAGGACGGUGAAGAAGAGGCUUUAAAGGGCCUUGACCGCUUUGGGCUCAAAGAUAUUGAGCCUAAAACAAUCCCGGCAGUACGAAGCAUGAUAUCCGACAUUAUGUUCGACAUUCCAUUCUACAUGUCUCAUCACAAGGGCCAAAUGAUUGAGGCUUUAGUCAAGGAAGCCAACAGGGUAUACCGUUUGUGGUGCCGUAACAAUCCGGGAUUUCACGACAAAGGACGCGUCCAUCUCAUUGGCCACUCCCUUGGCAGUGCGAUGGCUGUUGAUAUUCUGUCGAGGCAACCGAACCGAGUACCUUCGCUGGAUCUGUCCUUGCCCUCACCCAGAGCUGACGUAUUCGAAUUUGACACUGUCAAUCUCUUUCUGGCCGGUAGCCCUGCGGGGUUCUUCAUGCUGCUGGAAAGAGGGAUGCUCGUUCCUCGACGCAGCAGGCCGAAGCCAGAGGCCGAGCCUAGUGACGUGGACGAUCCAGAUGUAACCAGUGAGGCCGGUUCUUUUGGUUGUAUGGCCGUCGACAAUGUUUACAACAUUCUGGCCAGAGAAGAUCCAAUAGCCUACUUGCUCAACGGCACAAUCGAUCCAGUUUACGCGGCGAGCCUGAAGACUGCAUAUGUGCCCAGCACCGCGACGUCUCUACUCAAGUACGUUGGAGACACCAUGCGCAGCAUCAUCCCGGGAACGGCCCCAGCCCCGGCUGCAGAUGCUGCCUGUGGCGAAGCUCCCAAACCUUCCAUGGCGCGGCUGCCCUCCCAAUUAGAGCUGGAGGUGCAUGACUUUUCGCGGGAGGAGAUUGCCGAAAGAAAGGCGUAUCUGCUCAACGACAACGGCCAGGUUGACUUCUUUCUACGCUCGGGUGGUGGUCCGCUCGAGAUUCAAUAUCUGAACAUGUUGAGCGCGCAUUCGAGCUACUGGCUCAGCCGAGAUUUCAUACGUAUGCUCUGCGUCGAGGUGGGUAGGAAGCCCGGAAGAAACAACACCAUUCCUGCCAUGAGGGCGCAGAAAGCUACGAAGCGCCUGGUGGCAACAAUGGGCUAG